CGGUCCAACCGGAGAACCAGACCGGGACCCGGUCUAGUCCGGUGUGUUUCUCGAAUAGACAGGGUCGGUUUCCGGUUCCACGGUGGGAACGGACCCUACUUGGACCGAUCACCCCUGGUUUGAUGUGCAUCUGGAGAGAAGAAAACCCCGGCCAAUUUGCCGCUAAGACGCGAGUUUCAGUUUCGGAAACUGGGAAUCUGCACUCUUGUCGACAAUGCAUUAGAUCUCCCGAGUCAAAUGCGCCUCCAGAACUUAACCAGGACAUCACCUGCCCUGAGGUCAGGCAAGAACUUCCUGAGUCAACAUCACUUAACGACUGUCGCUGUCGCCCGCCAUCCAGAAAGUCCCGAUUCAAGUCUUGAGCCUGACCCGAUACGGGAAUUUGAUAUCCACGCUCGUCUAGCGCGUCUGUGCCUUCGAGAAUGCGGACAAUUCAAAUCCCAUCACCUGUUCGACGAAAUGCCGCAGAGAGCAGCGCGGGCUACAACUAUAUGCAAGGUGAUCCAUGGCCAGGGCACGAAAUAUGGAAUUGGAUCAAAAGGGUCGCUAGGGAAUGCCAUUCUCGAUCUUUAUGCUAAAUGUGGGGAUGUGGAUUACGCGGAGAAGGCGUUUAGUCGACUUGAAGGGAGAGAUAUCCUGGCUUGGAACUCGCUUCUUUCGAUGUAUUCGAGGCGGGUUUCCGUUCAACAGGUUAAGUGGCACAUUGGGCUACUUAAGCGUAAUGGAUUGGUGCCAAAUGAGUUCACUUAUUCAAUCGUUUUUUCCGCUUGCGCAAGGACUACGGAUGUUGACUUUGGGAAACAAGUACACUGUGAUCUUGUUAAAGUGGGAUGGGAGUUCAGUUCGUUUUGUGAAGGUUCAAUUAUCGAUAUGUAUGCCAGGUGUGAUUGUCUCUUGGACGCAAGGCAGAUUUUUGAUGGGGUGUUAGAACCUGAUACAGUUUCUUGGACAGCAAUGAUUGCAGGGUAUAUUCGAGGAAAUUUGCCAGAGGAGGCACUCAAAGUUUUCGAGAAGGUGAAGAAGGCUGGCCGUGAACCAGACCAGGUGGCAUUUGUUACUGUCAUUAGCGCUUAUGUUGGUGCAGGAAAUCUUGAGGGGGGACGUGAGCUGUUUUCCCAGAUGCCAAACCCUGAUGUUGUGGCAUGGAAUGUGAUGAUUUCAGGUCAUGCUCAAAGAGGAUAUGAGGUGGAAGCACUCCACUUUUUCGAAAAAAUGAGGAGGGCUGGCACAAAAUCAACAAGAUCCACCUUAGGUAGCAUAUUGAGUGCCAUUGCUGCUCUAGGCGCCACUGAGUGUGGCUUGUUAGUUCAUGCUGAAGCAAUUAAACAGGGUUUGAGCUCUAGUGUUUAUGUUGGAAGUUCUUUGAUAAGCAUGUAUGCAAAGUGCGGGAGAAUGGAAGCUGCGAUGAAAGUUUUUGAUGCUUUAGAGGAGAAAAAUGUGGUUUUGUGGAAUGCAAUGCUUGGGGGGUUUGCACAAAAUGGUUAUGCCAGUGAAGUCGUGGAACUGUUUACCCAGAUGAAGAGAUGUGGUUUUCAGCCCGAUGAAUAUACCUAUACUAGCAUUUUGAGUGCAUGCGCAGGCUUGGAAUACAUAGAAGUGGGUCGACAAUUGCACUGCACCAUCAUCAAGAACAGGUUGGCAUCAAAUUUGUUUGUUGGAAAUGCGCUGGUGGAUAUGUAUGCCAAAUCCGGGGAUCUGGAUGAGUCAAGGAAACAAUUUGAAUGCUUAAAGAGCCGAGACAAAGUUUCCUGGAACGCAAUCAUCGUUGGUUAUGUGCAGGGGGAAGAAGAGAAUGAGGCCUUCAAGAUGUUUCAACAGAUGAAUUUAACUGGUAUAGUGGCCGAUGAAGCAGCUUUGGCAAGCAUAUUCAGUGCUUGUGCUAAUACUCAAGCUCUGGAUCAAGGCAAGCAAGUACACUGUCUUGCUGUGAAAUCUGGUCUAGAAACGAGUCUUUAUGCUGGAAGCUCUCUUAUUGACAUGUAUGCAAAGUGUGGGGACAUUGGAGCAGCUCUUGUCGUUCUCUUGCACAUGCCCGAGAGAAGUGUUGCUUCUAUGAAUGCUAUGAUUGCUGGUUAUGCUAAAGAUAACUUGGAUCAAGCUAUAAACAUGCUAGGAGAGAUUCAUGACAUGGGAAUGACUCCGAAUGAGAUAACUUAUUCAAGCAUUUUAGAUGCAUGCGGUGGAGUUCAAGGGUUGAUUUUAGGAAUGCAAAUCCAUUGUUGUGUAUUAAAAAGUGGUAUUUGGUACCAUGAGGACUUCUUGGGUGUCUCCCUUCUGCGCAUGUAUAUGAACUCUGAGAGUACAUCAGAUGCAUGUAUUCUCUUCUCAGAAUUUCCAAAUCCAAAGAGUUCUGUAUUAUGGACUGCUCUAAUUUCAGGGUACACUCAAAAUGAUUGCAAUGAGGAGGCUUUGAAGGCUUUUCGGGAAAUGCAAAGACACAAUGCACCACCAGACCAAGCCGCAUUUGUUAGUAUCCUAAAGGCUUGCUCCAUCCUAUCUUCACUGCGAGAUGGUAGACAAAUACAUCCUCUCAUGUUUCACUCUGGUUUUGACUUAGAUGAGUUAACUAGCGUUGCUCUUCUAGACAUGUAUGCUAAAUGUGGAGACGUGAAAAGUUCCGUACAAGUAUUUAAUGAGAUGACUAGUAAAACUAGUGUGAUUUCAUGGAACUCGAUGAUUGUUGGUUUUGCUAAAAAUGGCUUUGCAGAAAAAGCACUACAAACAUAUGAUGCAAUGAAGCAAUCAAAUGCUGUUCCUGAUGACGUUACUUUCCUGGGUGUUCUUACGGCCUGUAGUCAUGCGGGAAUGGUAGUGGAAGGCCAUAAUAUCUAUGAUGAAAUGGCAAAUCACUACGGGAUUCAGCCGAGAGUAGAUCACAGUGCUUGUAUGGUUGAUCUUCUUGGGCGUUGGGGGUUUCUUGAAGAAGCAGUGGCCUUCAUUGAUAAAUUAAAGUCUGAACCCGAUGCUAUGAUUUGGACCACAUUACUUGGUGCUUGUAGAUUGCAUGGAGAUGAAAUAAGGGGAAAGUUGGCCGCUGAGAAGCUCAUUGAGUCAGAGCCGCAAAAUUCUGCACCUUAUGUCCUGUUGUCCAAUAUAUAUGCCGCAUUGGGAAACUGGCAGGAGGUAAAUUCAUUGAGGAGGCAAAUGAAGGAAAAGGGAGUGAAGAAGUUGCCAGGGUGUAGCUGGAUUACAGUGGGAAAUAAGACUAAUUUGUUUGUAGCAGGAGAUGAGUCCCUCCCUCGUGCUGGUGAAGUUCACACACUUCUAAACAAUUUGACAUCUCUAAUUAAAAAGGAUGAAUAUAUCAAAGAAGAGAAUCGUCUCUAUGGUAUAUAGAUUGUAAUUGUUCUUAUUUGCCAAGAUUUGGAUCUAUCAAAUGGAUGGGAAAGGUGAGGAGAGACGAGACUGCAGAAUGAAAUGCUCAUAGAGAAAGUGACUUUCUCAUACUCAAAGGUCUGAUUUGCAGCUUAUCCUGCUUUGCUUCCCCUGGCAGAGGAGUUAUAGCUUGCUUAUUCUGGACCUCAGGUCUUGUCAGCAUUUGCAUCCAAGUAAGAGUCCAAAUCAGGGAAAUCCUGAAGGAUCAUUCAUAUCCUUGCCAACAGGUGCUCUGUAAAUGGAUCUUCUUGAUCACCUUCAUAUGCAGGAAAGAAGAUCUAGGAGAUCAGUUGUUAACUGUAAUUCUUGGAUGGGGUGGCAUUUCCAAAAA